CCUGCACCAACCCCCGAUUGCCCCUCCCUCACUCACUCCAGUCACAGUCUACAUCUAUGACCGGGCAUCGAGAACAUCCAUCCAUCUACGCACGCGCUUGAUGACGGGAUUCCCAUGAUUGCCAUGAAACGGAAGCGCGAUUGAAACGAAACCUCUCUUCUUCUUCUUCUUCUUUCUCCCGUUGAAACGCCGAGGCGCGCACAGUUCCCGCCGUCGCCGUCGCAAUUACAAUUCUUCACCUUGUCGGCUUGACCGUCUCGCGCUCUGCCCUGGCAGCUGCCUGCGCGUGCUGCGCCGUCGUGUGUUGACGCUUCAAGUUGCUUGACUUUACAGUCCCAGCCCCGCCGCCUUGACCCACCACUGACUGCAGCGCAAUCGACCCAUCUCUGCCUCCGUUUCUGGGCUAUUUUCGCACCCUCCCGACCAACCCUCGGGCGGCUUGGUUUCCGUCUUCGAUUCCCUUUCUUUUGACCAUCCGUCAGUCCCGUUGCUAGACGGACAACAAACAACUCAACUGGCGGACGGGGCCACUGUCCAAGUAGCCUCCGUCGGACACCUACUCUACUCGAACGGCGUCAACAAACGGCGUCAACAGCCGACCAGAAAGGGGUCUCCACCCAUCCCGACAACGCGGCACUGCACCUUAACGGUACCGUACUUACUGCCGUCUGUACUUAGCUAUACCUUGCAGUGGUCAACGGCCCGUACGGAUCCCGGACGGAACCGCGGACGGACCACGGACCACAGACCACGGACCACACGGACGGCCCCCAAUGUCCGACGACCCCUUCCCGGCCUCCGCUCCCGGCGCCGGCCCUCCCGCCUUGGCUCCCGGCAAGCACCGCGGCCCCCGCUUCAGCUGGAACAGUGCCUAUGAGACCACCUUCUUCACCUCCCUCUGCGAGUCGGUCCAUCUCGGCCUACGUGAGGGCAACACGUUCAAGCCCGAGGCCUGGGACCGCGCAUUGCAGGCCCUCAUCACCCACCACAACGCCUAUGCCAACAAGGGCCACCUCAUCAACAAGAGCGACAAUGCCCGGAAAAAGUUCCGUCUGUGGCGUGGUCUGCGCGAGGAUCCCGACUUCCACUACGAUGUCAUGACCAGGACUGUGAAUGCCUCCGAGGAAGCAUGGGCCAGACAUUUGCAGAUGGAACCACUCUCUCGCUCCCUUCGUGGAAGACCUUUCGAACAUGAAGAACUUUACGAGAUCUUGUUCCCCGAUGUCAUCGGCUCUGGCGGUGCCCCCAAACGACUGACCAAACAACGCCCCCGCAAGACGAACGACAACCUCAACCCUUCCGGCCCCGGCCUCGGUCCCGGCUCCAGCUCCGGCUCUGGCCACGGUCACGGUCCCGGCCACGCUGACCAGGAUGCCCCUAAUACGACCAUCAUGAACCUCCUUGCCGAUCAAUCCUACGGGAACCCUCAUCCACAGGCCCACAUGCCUCCUCCGCCGCCGCCGCCGCCAGUCCAUUCGGCUUCCGCCCCUCUUCCCUCUCCCAUCCCCGCCCCCGUGUUGGCCCCUAUUCCUACUCCACCAACCUUGCCGUCGUCUCAAACACCAUCACAUUCCCGGCCCAACCUGAGCGCACAUCAGCCCCGAAAUAACCCGAGCACGUCCGCCCUCACGCCACCCGAGGAGAAUCCUGUCCAGAACCGAAGAAGGCCUCACAUGCCUGACAGCAGUGGCUCCAGCGGCUCUACUAACGCUGAAAAACGCCGCCGUACUGCCUCAAACUCUGUUGACCACGCUUCUCAGCCCCCGGGUAUCGCCAGCUCUUCCGCAGUCAGCAGUCUAUCUACUCCCGAUGCGGUGACAGCUUUGGCAGAGGUUCUUCGUUUUCCCAAGCCCAAGUUGAGUUGGGCAGAGCAAGCCGUCGAGAUCUUCUUCCGAGACUUCGCCCAGGAGGAUAUGGACUUUCAGCUCAAGGUGGCCGAAAAGGCCCUCACGGACGAAAACAAGGCCAUGGUGUUUUGUAAGAUGCCCAACCACGUGCGCAAACAUUGGAUUAAGCGUCUGAGGGAAGCGCACAACAGGAGUAUCUAGGUGAACACGGUGGUCGCUUCUCACUCACAGACUCAAGCACCCAAGCAGUGGUCUGAGGAAUAGGCUGUUCUCUUCUAGCCUGUUUAAGUCCUUCUUCUUAUCUAUCCUGUUGGUUCUGCAUGUUGGCGUUCUUGGGCCUGGUGGAUAUAAAGGCGUUCCGGCUUUUUUUUAUGGUAUGGGAAAACAUGCCUCUUGGAUGGAUAUUGUCCGGUCAAGCAGUUUCUGUUUUGUUUACGUCGGCCAGCGGCUUGGUUUGAGCGAGUGAUACCAGAGAACCUUCCUUCUUGAAUGUCCCCAUUGAUGGCGAGUAUUGCCUAGGGGCUUACAUUGUGCUUUGCGUUCUUGGUUUUACAGUCAUGGCCGGGCUCGUGAUUCGUUCCCUGUAUCGCUGUUUCGUUCUGUCAAUUCAUGUGGUGCCAAAUCAACGUCAAGUCGGUCCUAUUGGACAUCUAGCAACCAGUGCUUUCUUACCAUGUCGUUCGUUUCCAUGACAAACCACUUGAUGAUUCGCUACUUGUUUUUUGUCCCGUCCCAUUGCUCUGUGUUCCGGCAGAUAGAUCCAUCAACUGCCGGCGCCUCACAGUUUUCUGCAUCUCCUUCCACCCAACUUUUGGGUCAGCAUCAA